AUGAAUGUGGCAGACGGCGCAGGAUUCACUCGUUAUGAAAUGUUUACAUUAAUUGCAAGACUAUCGAUAGUUACCGCUAUCGGUUUUUUCAGUAUGAAAUGGAUUAUGAGUCAAAUAGAUCCAAUGUCAAAAGCUAAGAAAAAAGCCAAAGAAAAGGCUCAGGAACAGUUACGAAAAUUUGAAAAAACAAGUGGAGUUAGUUUCUCUAUUGACACUAGUCAAUUAACUGACUAUGAAAUGAUGAUAGCUACUCAUUUGAUUGAUCCAAAAGAUAUUCCAGUUUCAUGGCAAAAUAUCGCUGGGCUUGAUUCAAUUAUUCAAGAGCUCAAAGAAACUGUUAUACUUCCUAUAAAAAGAAAGGAACUUUUCGAAGAUUCUAAAUUAACACAAGCACCAAAGGGAGUACUUUUAUAUGGGCCACCGGGCUGUGGAAAAACAAUGAUUGCAAAAGCUACAGCCAAAGAAAGUGGCACUUGUUUUAUAAACUUGGAUUUGAGUAUUCUUACUAAUAAAUGGUAUGGUGAAAGCCAAAAGCUAACUGCUGCUGUAUUUUCUUUAGCUGUGAAACUCCAACCAUGUAUUAUUUUUAUUGAUGAAAUAGAUUCAUUUUUACGAGUUCGAAAUACACAAGAUCAUGAAGCUACUGCUAUGAUGAAAGCGCAAUUUAUGUCUUUAUGGGAUGGCUUAAUUACUGAUCCAUCAUGCACAGUAAUAGUAAUGGGAGCUACUAAUAGACCUCAAGAUCUAGAUCAAGCCAUCCUCAGACGUAUGCCAGCCACAUUCCAUGUGGGAUUGCCAACUGAACAGCAACGUAUACAAGUUUUGAAUUUAAUAUUGAGACAAGAACCAAUUGCUGAAGACGUAGACAUUCGAAUGAUUGCAAAAUUAACUGAAGGAUUCUCCGGAUCUGAUUUACAUGAAUUAUGUCGAACUGCAUCCUUAUAUCGAGUUCGUGAUUACUCACGAGAUCAUCCCAAUUCUUUCGCAGACAUGCUCUCUAACAAAAGUACCAAUGAAGAAGAAUAUCAUGAGUCACUGCGUCCGAUUUUACAAGAAGAUUUAACAACAGCAUUUAAAAGAAUGAGAAUGUCAAAAGUACAAACGGGUGGUUUAAGUAAUAUGUCAAAAUUAGAUUUAGAUUAAUUACUUAUUAAGAGGAAUUAAUAAAUAAUAUCAAUAAAAUACGUUGAAAACCUCACAGAGGAUGAAGAUCACUUUUUCAUGUGUUUGUAAAUUACUAGGUUUCUUAUAGAUAUUUAAUUGAUUUUUUAAUUUUUUUUUGUGAACACGUAUUUUUACUGUUGAUAGUACGAUUUUUGAUUCUUUAAAAGUUUCAUACUCAACAUCGAUUGUCGUAUGAACGUUAACAAUAAAUUGAUAUAUAAAAUGUACUAAGUAUGUAAAUAAAUUUAUGAUCAUUUGGCGAAAAAUGGCAAAGCCUAACUUGUUAAGCAACAGCAAAUUAAAUAUGAUAGCUACAUACAAUUUCAUUUAA